AUGGCUUUUAGCUUCCCCGCUUUCAGCUACAUUAUGGCAUUAAUUAUCGAUGCGUUUCUAAUAUUCUUUUCCAUCUUCCACGUGAUUGCCUUUGACGAGCUGAAAACGGAUUACAAAAACCCGAUAGAUCAGUGCAAUUCACUUAACCCGCUCGUCCUGCCGGAAUAUGGUUUACAUAUACUGUUCAACUUGCUGUUCUUAUUUUCGGGUGAAUGGUUAUCACUCGCCCUUAAUAUUCCGCUCAUUGCAUACCAUAUAUGGAGGUACGCCAAUCGACCGGUUAUGUCGCAACCAGGAUUGUACGAUCCAACGAGUAUCAUGAAUACGGAUGUUUUACGAGCGUGCUUACGCGAAGGCUGGAUUAAGCUUGCGGUGUAUUUGCUUUCGUUCUUCUACUAUCUUUACGGCAUGAUCAUGGCACUAAUUGCCUCUUAA